AUGUUUUCCCCACGAAGCCUUGGCCUUGGGGCCACUAAUAUCAGCAAGGUAUUUAUUCGUGGAAAGAAGAAAUCCGUUGUUAAUCCAUCUACUCAAAAGGUUGUGAACCAGUUGUCCGCUCUUUCCGCUUCAAGAAAACAACCAAAGUUAUUGAAGUUAUGUCCUGAAGACUUGAUCAAACAUAAAACAAUUACAAAUGCCUGGAAGCUCUUUUCUAGAAAGCAAGAAGAAAAGAGAGUCACGCAGCUUAAGCAGCAAUUUGAAAGUAUAAGAACUGCGAUGGACGAGUUGAAAGAGAUAAGCCCAGAAUUGUACGCUGAAGCGAACAAAAAGGAACAGAAAAGAUUCCCAUUGGAAUUACGAGUGCCUACCGAUUAUCCCGCCAAUGAACCAUGGGUCUAUAACUACUCCAAGAAAGAUUAG